AUAGGUUAAUGUUGAUGUUCCAUAUGUUGAAAAACAAGAAGAACAACUAAGUUCAUUGGUGGUGCUCCCACGUCAAUUGAAGAAAACGCGAACAACAAUGGAACGCAAGCCUAGUAAAUUCAAGGUGUCACCCUACAUUCAUCAAUCCAAUAAGAUGGCAAAGCCUAAGAGAUUCCCAAGCAUAGUUGUUGGAUCACAAAAGGUAUUAGAGUAUGAGCAUGCAAAUCGAGCAGACUUCUUGACUUUAGGGCCUAGACAAGAAUUACUCGAUGUGAUCAUAAAUGUAUUUGCAUGUAAACUUAAUAGUUUUGAGAACAAAUUCAAAGGAAUACGACCUACCAGAUGCUGCUUACCCACCACAUUUGCGCGAAUAAUCUUACAUGGUGGUAGAAAAUUGGCAACUGCUACCAAGAUGUUCACACAUAUUAUCAAACACAUGGAUGAAAUGAAUGAUUGCAAUAAGAUAUACAUCCCGAUGUACGAUACAUGUUCGGAUAAUUGGUAUUUGUGUGUUAUAAAUCUUCAUCAACGUAAUAUUCAUAUAUUGGAUUCAUUACCAUCAAUAGAAAUAGAUGGCAUGCGAACUUCAUCUGUGAGAAUUGUGGUUGAAGAGUGUGCACAUUUUUUUAAUCUCAAUGGGCAUCUAAAGAAUUUAUCAAGCAUUCCGAUUGAAAGACCUACAUGGGUACAUGUGCAAGACAAUGGGUGGGAUUGUGGAGUCCAUGUCAUUAAUCAUAUGCGAAGAUCCGAGUUCAUGGACUCAAGUUCAACCCCUUCCCAUUGGACUCUAUACUUACAAGACACAAAUUGACAAUUGAAUUAUUGCUUGAUGAUGA